AUGAUUUCUAUUGGAUCAUCUCAUCGUUCAAACGCUGAAAGAAGCGAAAGAGAUGAGCGCAUUAUUCCUGGUUGCUUAGGUACUGACCACCCACGAUUUGCUGAGGCAGCCAAGUAUAUGCUUGACCACGCCAUCCAGAUUUGUACUGGCCUGGAUUACAUUCAUGGAAAAGGAUACACCCACAGAGAUAUGAAACUAGAAAACGUUUUGUUGGCAGAGGGAAAUGUUUUAAAGAUUACAGAUGUCGGCGCCACCAGGGUUACACAGAUGCUUUGUGGUUCCCUGGCUUAUAUGGCACCGGAAGUGCUGCUGUCGAGAAAGAUCCAAACAAACAAGAUUGACAUUUACAGUUUUUCUCUCAUAUUCUGGGAAAUGUGGUUUGGGAAGGAUGUAGCUGACGAAAUCAACAAAGGUUUACUCGGGUAUGGUUGUCAUGGAAAUGCAGUGGAAUUACUCAAAUCUCAGAUUGCAAGGACAUAUGGUUGGCGGCCACCAUUGAGUUCACCAAAACGUCCUCCAAAAAUACUUACUGGUGUAUUAAACAGGGGAUGGGCUUCCGAUCCGGAAGACAGGCCAAGUGCAAAUGAGUUUGGAAACACUUUAAAACUGUUUCUGAAGAACAACCUCUAACAAAGCAUAUAGACUAUACAAAAUUUUAAAGCUUACCAUUAUCUCAGCUGAAGAGAUUUAUGUGAUUAUAUAUAUGGAUAGAACUACUAUCAUGAUAGGCUAUAAAGUGUUUCAGAAAGCUAAUAAUGUAAUUCAAAAUCAAAGCAAAUUGCACAAUGUUAUUCAUUAAUCAUCAACACAAUUUCCUUUAUCAUCCAAACUAUUAUAUUGGCAUCAGUUCAUGUAUUAGCUUAUGAUGUUGAAGUAUAAACUUCGCAGUUUAACAAUCAGUGAACAUAAUAAAUCAAUGAGUUUUUCUACAAUUACUGUUUACACAUUAUUUAAACGUUCAUGUGCUCAGUUAUUAACCAGUAAACAACAUUAGUUAUAUUUAAAGUUAUAAUUUAGUUUCUUGUCUACAGUAAGUAUCUGAACUGUGCCCCUAGUUCUGUUUUAAUCUAAUUUUGUCCCCCCCCCUCCCCGACCUAAAUUUAAUAUAUUGAUGAUCCAUUCGUUUAGCCAUUUCACAAUUCUGGCCUAAACAAUGACAUUACAAUAAAGAGUUCUUGAACUUGAGUUCUCAGACCACAUUUGCAUGAUACCCAUACUGCUACUUAUACCACGGCAAUUAUUGAAUAGCCAUGUUGUUGGCUAUAAAAUACAUCUGGUUCUCAUUAUUUUAAUAUGACGAUUACACAUAACAAUAAUUUCACAAUGUGAUAUUCUUUAUUUAGCAGUGAACACUGUUUUCCAGGUUCCAUUUGGAAGACAAUAACUUAUACGAAUUUAGGAAUCAUACCAUUGGCAAUGA